CUUAUCAAUAAUAUAACAGUUUCAUUAUAAUUGCAUUAUUAAUCGAUUAUAAAAUCUUAAUUUAUUGAAAAAGAUUAAGAAAAAUAUAAAAUAAUGGAACAUUAAAAUUAAAAAGAAAAAAAAAAUAGAAAAACUAUAAAAAAAAUAUUAAAAUAAAAUUUAUGAACAGUAAGAUAAUAAAGCAUAAAAAAUAUAAAUAAAGGCGAAACAUUGCAUUAAAUAAAAUAACAACGAAGAGAACAAAAACAAAAAAGAGAGUAACAUAACAGAAAACCGAACGAAAAAAAACAUAUCCGAUUUGAUCUGUAAAAAAAUUUAAAAAUCUGUGUUAUGCUUGUUCGUGUAUUUCCGUUUUUCUUUUAUUAUUUCUCUUGAAACUUUCUUAACUCUUUUUUUUUUAUUAUUAUUAUUUUUGUAAUGUGUUGAAAUUGCUUACCUAUACAUACAAUAUAUAGGGAACACAAUCAUAUGUGAUAAUUCAAAUGCAAAAAAAAAAAAUAAUAAAAUAAAAAAAUAAUGAAGAAAAAAAUUUACAUUAUUUAUGACAUUCGGUGGUUAAAGUGUUAAAAAUAUAAUCAGGCAAACGAAUAAAAAUAAAAAAAACAGUGAUUUUUUUGCCUAAAUAAAAAAAAAUAAGACUGAAAAGCAAAAAAAAAUAGCAAACACAAAACAAAGGAAAAAAGAUUUUACGGUCAGAUAAAAAUUUAAAAAAAAAAAAAAUUCUCAAUUUGCAAAUUUUUGUUUUUUGCUCCUUGCUGUCGUCUCAGAAUUAACAAACAGAAAAAAAAAUAUUUAUUCUUCUUUAUUUUUCUCUUUUUAACUUUUGCUCCAAAAAAAAUUAAAAUAACAAAUGACUUUCUGUUGUUUUGUCUACCUAAGCGUUAAAUGAAGGCAAAGAUUAAAAAUCAAAAAAAAAAAAAAUUAUUUUUAGUUAAACAGUCAACUACUGUGAAUGCAACGCGACAAAACGUUUCAAACAUUUUGUUAUAAAUCGUCAUAUGGCACGCAUGCAAAGCUACAUACUAAUGAGAAUUUCAAACAAUAAUAUUAUAUGUAAUGUAGCUACUAUUUUAUGCCAGAGAACAACAACAUACACAAUUUGUCAUAAAAUCAGAACUAUUUACAGUAAUUAAAAAAUAAUAUUCUACAGUGCGAUUAAAAGUUUAAAAGAAGCUUACAAUUUAAUUUGCAGUUUGAAUCUCGUUCCAUCGACAAUUAAAAAAUAAAAUUAUACUCACAUAGAGCAAAAUAAAUAGUGUAUAUAAAUGUAAAAGUGAAUAUUUUUUUAUUUAAAAUUAAUUAAAAUUAAAAAUUAAUAUUUCCAAAGUAAGAAUAAUUUAUUAACGCACAAAAAAUAAAAGAGAAGAAAAAACAACAAACAAAAAAGCAAAAAAAAAAAAAAAUACGCAGCAAGAGAAAAAAUGAAGACGUUUUAGUGAUUUGUCGCUUUGUUGCUUUUUAAAAAAAUUUUUAAUUUAUGAAAUUUUCAUUUCAUAUUUUUAUUAUUUCCUGUUUUAAAAUCUCCAAUUAUUUUAAUUUAUUUUAUUAAUUUAUUUAUUUAAUUUUUGUUUUUUUUUUUUACAAAAUUUGCAGUAAAUUCAAUAAAUUUCGAAAGAAAUAAAAAUUUCAAAAUUAAAGUGAAUAAAAAAAAAAUUUUUUUUUUAAGUUUUUGUUGCAUACGCUACAUAAAAUAAAAAUAAUAAGAAAAAAAAAAUUUAAUUUUUUUAUGCAUUAUUUACGCAUUAAAUUAUUUUUUUUUGUGAAAAAUAAAAGUAAAAAUUAAAGUGUUGUCACACCCGGCAAAAUGUUUCAAAUAAUUUUGAGCUAAAAUUGCAAAAAAAAGGGAAAAAAGUUAUAGCUAAAAAAUUUACGAAUUUAUUUCUUAAAAAAUUUUUUAAUGCAAUUUUUUAGUUCGAUUGUGAUAAUUUGGCAUUAAAUUUUAUUUUUUUCGUGUUUUUUUUUUUUUGUUUUCGCUGCUAAAAUAAUUUAUAUGAAAAAAUGCUUGGAGUUCUUAAGAAAUGGAAAACAAAUAGAAGGCCUUUACUAGAUGCGGUCAUUAAAACUGCAGAAGAUGAUAGGGAUGAACAACAGCAAGAUGUUGCACCACCGCGAUUUAUUAAAAUCUCGGAUGGUAAAAUAUCACUUGGACCACCAAAUAUUUCUGACAAUAAUAAAGAAAAGGAGAUGUUGGAGCGUCGAGUUCUUGAACUUGAAAAUGCUUUACAAAAAGUUCAAGAUCAAUUGAAUCAUAGCCAAUGCGGGUCACCGACACUAGAAAAAGAUUUGAAGGAACAAUUAGAAAGUAUGAAUCGCACAAUAAAAUCAAAAGAAAGGAGAGCAAUUCAAGUAUGUCGAGAUCAUAAAGCUUUACAGGCUCGAUUCGCUAGACAAGAAACUAUUCUUAAUACAUUACAACAAGAGAAUAAACAAUUACAGCAACGUGUUAGACAAUAUGAGCAUUGUUUAGAUGAUGUUAUGGGCAAAAUAGUUCAUGCAUUAGUUAAUGAAGAUAGUCUUAAGUUAGAGGUUUCUAUGUUAAAAAAUCGUGUUAAAGAUUUAGAAGCUCAAAAUGCUGCAUUAUCAGCAAGUCCUGCUAAAGGUAAAGAUGAAGGUUAUUGUACUAUGAGUAGCGGACAACCUCAACCAUCAAAUAGUCAUUUAGAAGAUUUACCAGAAGAACCAGAACAAUGGCUAUUAGCAGCUGAACCAUGUUCAGCUGAAAUGGAAGAUUGGAGUAUGUCACAAGAUGAAUUGGGUGUUAUAACAUUAGAUGAUGAUGGUAAUGAACAUGAACAUGAUUGGAUAUGGAAUUCAAGUUAUUUAAAUUCAACAAUGAUUGAUUCACAAUCAGAAGAAAUAUCACAAUUAUUAAAAGAAACGAUCGUUUAUUCUGAUGAUGAAGAAUUAACAUGUACUGAUUUUACUAGAGAUUUUUAUAAACUUGUUAAUAUUCCAUCCGGUAGUACACAUAGUCUUUAUUCUCAUAUGGAUGCUGAAACUGAUGAUGAAGAUGAUGAUGACGAUGAUGAUGAUAAUGAAAAUAAUCAUUAUCAAAUAGAAAAUAAUUCUAAUGAUGAUGAUGAAAUUAUUAUUGAAAUGGGAGGACAAAAUAAUAAUAAUUUAAAUAAAGAAAAUAAUAGUAAUAGUGAUAAAAAAUUAAAUAUUAGAACAACAAAAAAUAAAAAAUCAGGACCAAGUCCAACACCAAGUGAAGCUGGUCGUGCAUUAGUUACAAGCUGUUCUUCAAGUGAAUCUGAAGGAAUACCAAUAAUAUCAAAUACAAAUUGUUAUUUAAAAGAAUGUGAAAAUUUAAAUCCUUCCUAUAGUAUUGAUGAAAAUCUAUUAACGCUUAAUAAUAAAACGAAUACAAGUAAAAAUAAAUUAUCAAUAAAAAGUGAAGUACAAUCAUCUAUGAUACCGCAAUCGGCAAUUAAAUUAAAAGAAAUUGCAAUACCUAGCACUAGUUAUAGUACAUCAAAUUCAGUAUGGCGAAAAAGUAAUGGCUGGAAAAGAAUAGCUACAACUUCACCUAAAAAGGAAGAACAACCAAUUAAAAAACAACCGUCACCAAUGAAAAAAUCAAAAAUUCCACCACCAGUUCCAGUUCGACGUUCCUACGCCAGUUAAAAUCCUAAAAUUUUUAAUUUAAUUAAUUAAAAAUCGAAAAUUUUUAUUCAAAGCUCUUAUUAAAAACUAGAAAAGAAAAGAAAAACAAAUCGUUUCAAAUAAUUAAAUGGAAAAUUUAGUUAAAAUCUCUAAAUUGAAAUAUUUUCAAUCUUGGAACAUAACUUAAACUUAUUUAAUGGCUUUAUAAAUAUCUAAUAAUAAUUGAAAAAUAAAACCCGUUUGUAUAAAAUAACCUUAUACCUUAUAAUAUUCCUUAACUAUUCUUAAUAACUAUUUGGAAAAUAAAUAAAGAAAUAACAAAAUUAAUUAAAAUAUAUUGAGGUUAUUUUAAAAUUAUUAUUUCUGAAAUCGAUAACACAAGUCUCAUAUAAUAAAUUCAUUUAAUUUCAUGGUACGUUUCAAUCGGAAUAUUUUAAAUGAAAUAUUCUUUUAUAUUCUAGCAGCAGUUGCCAGUAGGAUUUUAUUUCAUUUUAGCGAAAAUUGGUUUCAGCAGACAAUUGGAACCUUAAAUUUGUUGAAAACAUAUUGAAAAUAAUGAAUUAUUAGAAAUAUUUUUGUGAAUAUAAAAUAUUUACUGUAUUCCAUCAGCAUUCAACUGGUUUUCUAAAAGUUUUUAAUUUAAAAUGUUCAUUUUAACAAUAUGACCUGCAAGGGAGCUUAAAUUUUCAAAUAUGUUUUCUAGUUUUCGAUAAUUCUUUUACAAGAAUAUAUUAAAUUAAAAAACCUACUGGCAAAAUUUCAUUAUUCCCUUAAUAAUUUCUAAUUUCUUAUAAUUUUCGGUUCGAAACUCUUACCGAUUUCAGAAUUAAAUUCUCAAUUUUUAAUAUCCGGAUAUUAAUUGCAAUCAAAUUGAUUAAUUCUAAAUUAAAAAUACCAAGAAAGAAAAAAAAUAAUAAUAAUUAAAAAAA